AAGAAACAUUUUGUCCAACCCAGUAUGUGCAGCCCCUAACACACCCAGAAGAUUAAAAAAAAAAAAAAAAAAUCGUUGGAUAAAUCAGUGGAUGGUUGGAGCAGGAAUCUGCUGUAACUGUGGCCUGAAGCAGACCAGACCAUCCCUGACGUAUCUAAAUAGAGGCUUGGUCUGGAGAACUAACAUCCUUAGUGAGCUUGUCCCUUGUACAGUCUUGUCUUUGGGUACUAGGAUUAAUUUGGCCUGGAUUCAGGGCCAUCCUUAGCGGCCAGGUCCACGCUGAGCAGCUGAAGAUUCCCUUAAAUGUUCCUUGAUAUCCAUUGGGCACUUCCUAUGUACUAGAUGUUGCUCUGAGCGCUUUCAGUGAAUUAGUCCAUUCAAUUCUCACAGCAGUCUUAUGGGACGUACACAGUUAGUAUCUCUGUUUUGUAGAUGAGAGUUAGAAAAUGUUAAGUAACUUUUCUAAGAUCAGCUACUAAAAACAGAGUCUGUGUGCACACCCAGGCAGCCUGAUUCUAGAGCAGGCCAGCAUCACCGCCGUCUCAUGUUGCCCAGGUUCCUGUCUUCCAGGGGCUCUUUUCUCAACCCCUUCCCUCUCCCAAGAUGGGAGGCAAGGUGAGAGCUAAGAAGAGAAAAUUUCUGCUUGAUUGUUUUAUUUAUUCUGUUUGCUUAAAUGCCCUCAUCAUUACCUAAAUUGACACACAUUUAGCCAGAAGGAGGCCAUCUUUUCUUAUUUGUAUCUAUAUGUCGUUACCUGCCCAUGAAGAUAACUUUUCACACCGAAUUGGAAUGAUUUUCAAAGAGCCGUAUAAAGCAAACUGUAUUGCCCUUUGCAGGCCAUCUCUGCUUCUCAGUGGGCUGGAAACCGCACGAUUGCUUCCUCUUUAUCUUUGUAGUGAGAGCCCAGCAUUUGUCACUCGGCGUCUGAGCAACUUCAGUGACACCACCAGGAAAGGUCUACACUGGUCCAAAUGGCACGCUUCCCACAUGUGGCAUCAUUUUUUCUCUUUCUGACUAAGCUCAGCAUUGGCCAGCGAGAAGUAACAGUUCAGAAAGGACCGCUAUUCAGAGCUGAAGGUUACCCCAUCAGCAUCGGCUGCAAUGUAACUGGCCACCAAGGACCUUCUGAGCAGCAUUUCCAAUGGUCUGUUUACCUGCCAACAGCCCCGACCCAAGAAAUCCAGAUCAUUAGCACCAAGGAUGACACCUUCUCUUAUGUACUGUAUGCAAAGCGGGUAAAAAGCAGGGAAAUCUACGUGGAGAGAGUCCAGGGUAACUCAGUCUUUUUGCACAUUUCCAAGCUCCAGAUGAAGGAUACUGGCGAAUAUGAGUGUUUCACACCCAACACUGAUGAAAAAUACUAUGGGACUUACAAUGCGAAGACUAAUCUUAUUGUCAUUCCAGAUACCCUCUCGGCGGCCAUGGCUUCCCAGACUCUAAGUAAGGAGGAAGGUGAGCCGUUGGAACUUACCUGUGAGGUGUCCAAAGCCACAGCUCAACAUACCCACCUCUCCAUCACCUGGUACCUGAUGAAGGAUGGAGAAGGAAGCCAAGCCAGCAAGAUUAUUUCCCUCUCCAAAGAUUUUACAUUGCUCCCUGGGCCCUUGUUUACAAAGAGGUUUGCAGCUGGUGACGUGCGACUGGACAAGCUUGGGGUCACUACCUUCAGGCUGUCCAUGGGGAGGCUCCAGCCCUCAGAUCAAGGUCAGCUGUUCUGUGAGGCAACUGAAUGGAUUCAGGAUCCUGAUGAAACCUGGACUUCCAUCACGAAAAAGCAGACAGAUCAAACAACUCUCAGGGUCCAGCCGGCAGUGAGAGAUUUUCAAGUCAACAUUAGAGCUGAGAACACAGUUCCUGAAGGAAAAUCCUUAGAACUCGUUUGCCUGGUCAUGGGCGGUGGCCAGGACCCACACCUUCAGGGCACUUGGUUCUUCAAUGAUAUUGAAACGGCCCACAUUGAUGCUGACGGAGUUCUGGAUCUGAAGAAAGAUUACCAAGAAAGAGCAAGCCAAGGACAGCUCCAGGUUUCAAAGUUAAGCCCCAAGUCUUUCUCUCUCAAGAUCUUCUCUAUGGGCCCAGAGGAUGAAGGUGCAUACAGAUGUGUAGUGGCAGAGGUGACAAGAGCUCAGAUGGGCUCCUGGCAGGUGCUUCAGAAAAAACAAUCACCAGACAGCUUUGUGCGCCUUAGGAAGCAAGCAGCAAGAAAUGUGGCCGUGUCUACCAAGAACAGGCAGCAAGCAGUGUGGGAAGGAGAGGCGUUAACCCUUUUCUGCAAGGCAGAUGGAGCUGAGAAUCUCCUGACUGUGGCCUGGUGGCAUGUCCCACAAAACCAGACACAGCCGGUGUUUGUGGCUGGCAUGGAGCAGGAUGGCACCGUGAAGCUGGGUGCCUCCUACGGGGAACUUGAUAACUUCAGAAACGCAAGGCUGGAGAAAAUGGACUGGGCCACCUUCCAACUUGAGAUCGCCUCCACCACCAUCACAGACAGUGGCAUGUAUGAGUGCAGAGUGUCUGAGAGGACCCGGAGCCAGGCCAGAGAUCAGAGUUGGACUCAGAAGGUGUCGAUCACUGUAAAACCCCUCGAGUCAAGUUUACAAGUUAGUCUGAUGAGCCGUCAACCACAAGUGAAAUUAACCAACACCUUUGACCUGUCCUGCAUAGUGAGGGUUGGCUACUCUGACUUGAAGGUUCCAUUCACCAUGACAUGGCAGUUCCAGCCAGCCAGAUCGCGAACCUUUGAUCUGCUUCUUCAAAUCACCCACAAUGGCACUAUUGAAUGGGGGAGCUGCCUACCCCAGUUCCAAAGGAAGACGAAGAUUUCCCAGUCUUCAUUUCAUUCUCGGCUCCUAAUCCAUGAUGCCACCGAGGAAGAAGCAGGAGUUUAUCAGUGUAAAGUAGAAGUUUAUGACAGAAAUUCUCUGCACACAAAUAGUCCUGUGAGGGCUUCUGCCACCUCUCACCCACUGAGGAUCACUGUCACUUUGCCAGAGAGCAACCUGAAAGUGAAUUCAAGCAGUCAAGUCCAAGAGAUCUCCAUCAACUCCAACACGGACAUAGAGUGUAGCAUCCUGUCCCAGUCCCCUGGAAACCUUCAGUUGGUCGUGACUUGGUAUUUCUCUCCCAUUUCCACUGAUGCACACUGGCUGAAGAUCCUGGAAGUGGACCAAAACCACGUAGUAAAAUAUGGGGAUGAAUUUCAGACCACACGGAGAAAACAAAAAUUCCACGCUGAGAAAGUUUCCCGAGGCUUGUUUCAGCUACACAUUCUGAACGUGGAAGACAGCGAUCAGGGCAGAUACCGCUGUGCUGUGGACGAAUGGCUCUGGUCUGCAAACAGUACUUGGCACAAGCUUGGAGGACAGACAUCAGGUCUCACAGAACUGAAGCUCAGGCCCACAGGAAGUAAAGUACGCGUCUCCAAAGUGUCCCGGACAGAAAAUGCCUCCGAGCACAGUGAGGUGACCAUCUGCUGCAGCCUUGAGGGAGCCAUCAGCCCUGCCUCCCUGAUCUCUGUGAUGUGGUACUUGCACCGAGAUUCUAGAAGUAAGAUGUUGGUGCACGUGCAGCAUGAUGGCUUGCUGGAAUAUGGUGAAGAGGGGCUCAGGAGGCGCCUUCACUCUUAUCGCUUAUCCACUACUGACUUUGUCCUGGUGCUACAUCGGGUGGAGAUGGAAGAUACUGGAGAAUACUGGUGCAAGGUGGCGGAGUGGCAGCUCCACGGCAACCCAAGCAAGUGGGUCAGCCAAGCAUCAGAUGAGUCACAGCCUGUGGUGCUCAGAGUGCUGCCUUCAGAGCCCAACUUUCCUUCCAGGAUCUGCUCGUCAGCACCUUUAGUCUAUUUCCUAUUCAUCUGCCCCUUCGUCAUACUCGUCUUUCUGCUCAUGUCCCUCCUCUGCCUGUACUGGAAGGCCAAGAAGUUGUCAGCUCUGAGUCUAAGCAUGCAGAAAGAACAGAGCCUCUGGGUGAACUUGAAAGGAGCUGGAGGCAGGACCACAAACAGGAUGGGAGACUAUGGUGAAGACAAUUGAAUCCUGAGUGGUGCCCACGAAGAGGAAAGACUUUGGAACUGGACUGCCCGGGAUAGGCGCGCCCCCUGGUUCUGUCCUUCUCUGAGUCUGUGGCCUGGGGUAAAGUACCUAGGACUCAGAGGGAACAUGUAUUGAGCGUGUUUGUGGUUCCAGGAACGGUUAAGUGUUUCUUAGUAUUUUAUCUAAUCACUCCCUUGCAUCCCCCCCAGGAGCUAGGUGGCACUAACCUGGUCUUACAUUUGCCACAUCUCCCAAGGCUUGGGCUCCUCAUCUGGAAGACCUGUAAGGAGAAGAGUACCUCCCUCACUCAGCCACUGGGGGUUAAGUGAGAUCCCAUGACAGACUCCAGGGCCAUGCUUCUUUCGCCUUGCUCUCUUAGGUCACUGAUUCUCUGGAGAACACUCGGCGGUCCAGCCACCCUGGCUCUAGGUAAUCUUUGCCUCCAGAUCAGAGGCAUAGGAAAGGACCUGAUGCCAGCAAGGCAAGAGAAGUUGGGAAUGUGCCCUUCAUUCAGAUCAAAUGUGCCUCCCAACCAGACUGUGACAGCCUUGAAGACAGAAAUCCCAUCUUCUCCUCCACCCCAUCUCCAUCCCUUCUCUAAAAGCUGCUCACAAGCAAGCUUGGCAGAGUAAGUUCUUAAUCAGUAUGGGUUCCUUAAUGAAAGGAUAAAGUAUUUUGUAGCCUUUCUUUCUUCUUUUUUCUCCAUAAGACUUAGUAACUCAUUGGUAAGAAAAAAAUUAAAAAAAAAUUUUUUUUUGCAACAGUGGUCUAGUCAGCUCCCCAAGGCCUCAUAUCUCCCUCAUAUCUUCCCACACCCAAAGGUCCAUCUGGCUCCUGGCUCUUCUUAGCCAAAGGCCUUAUUUUCCUUGACCUGACAGCACUGAGCAGCCGGAAAAGGGGCUGUGGUAGUUAUGUGAGGGCAGAGGGUUAACAGGGCCUCUCUCCUGCCCUGCUCUGGCAGGGACUAGGAGCUCCGGGGGAGCAGUGGGUCAGGCUGGCUCCUCUGUGUCCUCUCUUCUCAGCCAGGAAAAGUCAGGGGCUGGGGGAUGGGGGUGUCAUGGCUGAUGACUUUCAACCACCAUCCCCUAAGAGAAACCAACUGUCCCCACUGAGCCUGAGGUCCCCUCACCUUUGUUUCAAAAGCUGUGCAGGCCCUGUUGUAGCCAGAAUUGGAAAUCAAUCAGUGCCACCUAACAGACUUGAGAAAACACGUCUAUUUAUUAGCUAUGUGACCAACAGGGUUGCUCUAACACUCAUUAAUUUGGAUUUCCAAGGAGGGCAAUUUAUUUUUAAUUAUUUUAUCAGGCACACACGUCUUCUCCAAACAUAAUUAGUUCCUUUGCAAGGGGAUUAUUGGUGACUAUGAGAACUCCCACUGCAGACCUACAGGUUCCUUGAAUUCAUCUUCCUUUGUAGCCCUAUUUGAAAUAUUCCAAAUGUUUUCUUAAACAGGUUAGUGCAUUUAUUUCUUCCUUCUCAGGAAAAGGGAACAAAGUUUUGCAAAAACAAGGCUAAUGUUAAGAUAUCUUAGAAAGUGUGAUGCCUUCUGUACCCCCACCAUUUUUCCCAGAAACCUUUAUUUUAAAUGGAUAUUGAAGGAAAAGAGUGGAAUGGAGCUCCAUCAGAGAAUCAGAGUAGAUUCUAGAGCUGCCCCUGCCCGGGUACCCUCUCCCCCAAACACUGUUCUCCCUCACUACCUGGAUACUGCCUUUCAGCUCUCAGCUCAAACAGCAGUUCUUCACAUUUGAAUUCAGCACAGAGAUUGCACAGAACAGACACUCAGAUAUGCAACUGCUCCACCUGGAGCAGAUUUAUUGUCCAGUGAGCACUUCCUGGGUUGCAAAGGUUGCUAUUGUGACUUGGGCAGACAUAGCCCCGUUCCCCGGGGAUGAUCACCUUGUUUUGUUCUGGACGCUCUGCUUUCCUUAAUGGGGGCUGGAGCACAUUAGAUUUUCUAAGAAGUCACAUCAUGCUGUUUGGCCCAUAGUAGUUUUCUGGCAGCUAAAACCUGUGUGUCUUCUUUUUACCUUUCUGAACUUUUUAGAAUAAAAUUUGCUUUUAUUCAAUUCAGUAGGCAUUUUAUAUGGAAUCUCUCUGAUUAUGGGCUUGUUCUUUUUAGUUUUUUAGACUUCACAGAGAUCUUUACUUUUACUCAGUGACUUCAACUAUUUUAUGUCACCACUUUCGGCUUCUUGUGUCAGUAAAUCCUCCGUGGCAACAGGACAAACCUCUGCCUCAGGAGUUGGCUACCUGUAGCCCACAGGCCAAAAACAGACCCACCACCUGUUUUUUUAAAUGCAAUUUGUUGGAAUACAGACACUCUCAUUUGCCUACAUAUUAUCUAUGGCUGCUGAUAUGAUAUAAUGGCUGAAUAAAGUAGUUGCCACAGUAACCUAAAAUGUUUACUCUCUGACCUUUCAUGGAAAAAACUGGCCACUCCCUGCUCUCCUUCAGUAGCUUAUGUUUUAUCUUAGCCAUGUAUUAUGUUCCUAGGAAGCUUGAUUUGAGCAGUUGUAUCUGUCUCUGUUAUACAGCUGAUGACUUUAAUAAAUAAUUUUAGGCUCUCCGGA